AUUUUGAGAAUUCAGCGAGUUCGUACGAUUUUUACAAGUGCUCACGAUUUUAACUUCGAAGCGUAUAACACAAACGUAAAUCAUGAGGAAAGUUGUAUAUUUAACAGUCUUGAUUGUUUUGGGCGUUGUUCGAGGCGAAGGAGAAUGUCCACAACAAGCGAAGGAAAAAAGCAAGGAACAUACUCAUAGUCAUCUCUUCGAUCAGGACUUCGGACUUGCUUUAACGACUGAUGAUUUGCUCACCACUAUGAUGGCACCAUGGAUAACUCACGAUUACUUCCGUCCUUGGAGAAACUUGGAAGCAAUCACUCGUGAUUUGGGAUCUACUAUCAAGACAGAAAAAGAUUCGUUUACAAUCAAUCUAGACGUUCAACAUUUCGCUCCAGAAGAAAUAUCCGUCAAAACAGCAGACGACUACGUAGUUAUCGAAGCCAAACACGAAGAAAAGAAAGACGAACAUGGAUACGUCUCUCGACAGUUUGUGAGGAGAUAUGCUUUGCCAGAAGGUGUCGAAUCUGAUAAUGUGGUAUCCAAGCUUUCCAGUGAUGGUAUUUUAACUAUCACGGCACCAAGGAAGGAAAUAGACAGUAAAGGGGAGAGGGUAGUACCUAUCACCCAGACGGGUCCUGUUCGUAAGGAGGCCAAAGAAUCGAGUGAAGGUUCAUGUUCAGCACCAGAAGGAAAAUGUGGUAAACAUUAAAUAUAAAUAACCAUUUGCUUAUAA